AACCAUAUUCGCUUUCGAUACAUCACCAUUUUCUAUACGAAUAAAAUACACCCAAAUUUUAAUCGAAUUACAUUUUACUAAAAUACAACAAUAAUUCGCAUAAACAUUGCGAAUAAAAGUUUAUUCGUUAAUAGCAAUUACCCGCCAUCCUAUAUACCAAUUCAGGCAAAUGAGUGAUAAUGAGAGCGAUUCAAAUCGUCGGAAGCGAAGCAGUCUAGUAUGGCAAUAUUUCGAGAAAUUAAGUGACUCUCGGGUCAAGUGUAGGAUUUGUAGACAUGAACAACGUUACAUGGGUAACACAGCCAAUGCAUUGAGGCAUUUAAAAGUCAAACAUGAUAUCGAUGCCAGAGCUUGCGGACUAAGUGACCCGGAAAAUGUUCGCAAAAUGAAAGCACUAUCCGUUUCGGCCUCACAUCUGGAAAAAACUAUAGCUGUUAUACAGAAAGGACAACAGUUCGAAAACAACUAUAGCAACAAGCAGGUUAAUGAUAACGGCCAGAAUGAGCUUCCGGAAAUUAAAGAAAAACUGUUCUGUCAUAACCGCCAAAGUGGGGAGGCGGCCAUACAUACUGUCGAUGAAAUAGAUCCAUACAAUUCCGGUAGUGAGCUGUAUUUGGAUCUAGAAGGAAAAGAAGCUUACUUUUCCGAAGAACAUUCAAAGGACCGCCUCGAUAUAGAACACCAACCUGAUCGCCCAGCAUCUAAUACCAAUAUGUUAUCUGCCACUAAAAGAAGGAUAUUGUUAGAGGAACGGCGAAUUAUAGCUGAAACUAAUUACUACCGUGAAAAAGCAGAGUAUUUUCGCAUUCAAAAACACUUGGCUUUUUUGCAGGCAAAAAAGAUUAAAUAUGAACUGGAGCAAUUAUACGGAAAAUAAAUAUUUAUUGUAUAUAUUUGAGCAAUGGA